CCCCCCCCCACCUUCUCUCUCUCUCUCUCUCUCUCUCCUAGUACCCUUUUGCAUUAAGAGCUCUCUCUGCCUUCUCUGAUGAAAAUUCUAAUAUGAGGCCCAGCAUGUACACCUUUCAAUGCUCUUUUUGCAUCUCUUCCGGGGGAAUUGGCUUGUACUUUGAGUAGUCUACAAGUACUUCAAUUUUAAUGCAAAAUUUGUAAAGGAAGAAGGGGGUAGGUAGGUGAGGAGGCUGGCUCUAUAAGAAGAGAUGUUAUGUUUGGCUAGUGGUUUCAUUAUUCAUCAUCAAGUGUUCCUAAAAAUAAAAGAGCAUACAAAGGGUUGUUUCUUGUUGUUUGUAAGUUAAUAUAGCUCUUUUUGGUUGGCUGGUUGGUUAAUAGAUAGCUAUAAUUCUGCUUGAUUUUGGGCCUACUUCACACUUCACAUCAUCAAGAACAAACACCAUCAUGGCUUCAUCAAACAGACACUGGCCUAGUAUGUUUAAGUCCAAGCCCUGCAACACCCACCACCAUCACCAAUGGCAGCAUGACAUCAACCCUUCUCUCAUCUCAAGUGGUUGCCACAGAGCCCCCUUCACUUCAGUCCCUGGAAGUGAAGAAAGAACUCCAGAGCCCAAACCAAGGUGGAAUCCAAAACCAGAGCAAAUUCGCAUACUCGAAGCUAUCUUCAACUCUGGCAUGGUUAAUCCACCAAGAGACGAGAUAAGAAAGAUCAGAGCUCAACUUCAAGAGUACGGCCAAGUCGGCGAUGCCAAUGUCUUCUACUGGUUCCAAAAUCGAAAAUCAAGAAGCAAACACAAAAACCGCCACCUCCAAAACCCCAAACAACCGUCCACCGCCACCGCUCCGUCCUCCUCAUCCUCAUCGUCGGAGAAAUCGUCUCCGAAGAUUGCCGAUAAGGCGGGUUUUCCGGUUUCUCCGACGGCGUCGGUGAACCAGACUUACUUUCAGAGCACUCCUCCUCCUCCGGGAGAGUUCUUGCCGGAACCCUUGUUUUUUCCGGCUGCAGCUGCUUCUGUUUUUACGCAAGGGUUUUGUUUCCCGGAGAUGGGGCAUGGGGUUGUUCAUCAUGUUCCGGUGGAUCAGACGGUGGGGAAUUGUUCUGGGUUUUUGCUGAGUGAAUUGAUGAUGAAUCAUGGUGGUGGAGGUGGAGGUGGAGGUGGAUAUGGGAAGAAGGUUGAGGAUGAGAAGAUGAAUUACAGUGUUGCUACUACUACUACUGCUCCCAUUACUAGUAUUCCUCACUGCAUUGUUUCUCAUACCGGUACUAGUGUCACCGUUCCAUCUACUAUCAGUCACACUCUGGGUCCAGGUGUUGGCGAAUCAUGUUCUGCUACUCAGACCAGAUCAACGGUGUUCAUCAAUGAUGUGGCAUUUGAAGUGGGUGUGGGGCCCUUCAAUGUUCGGGAAGCAUUUGGUGGUGAUGCAGUGCUCAUACACUCCUCUGGUCAGCCUGUGCUCACCAAUGAGUGGGGUGUCACCCUUCACUCACUCCAGCAUGGGGGGUUCUACUACGUGAUUUAGAAGAUGUGUGGAAGUUCAAGAGAUAGAGGCUAGCUGUUCUUCACUAGGAUUCUCUCUCUCUCUCUCUCUCUCUCUCUCUCUCUCUCUCUAAUUCAAGGACUAUAAUGUAAAAGUUCCAUGGACUAAUUAAUGUAUUCUGUUUCAUGUUAAAGCAAUAUAUAUAGGCUUUCGGGCUUGCUAUGUA